UCCAUAGAGAUCACAGGCACUCUCUUUUGCCUUAUACUGAGCUGAAAGUAAUCUUUGUUUUCCCCUCUCUCAGCUGAGCAGAGGGUGGGGGUGUGGGGGGUGGGGAUAGGGGUAAUACAACUCCAGCUGGUUACCCGACCACACUGAACCAGCCACCAGCCUCUCUCUUACUGCUUGUGAGCGGAGCCAACUCUUGCCUCAAAUCUGUGCUGGAAGCUGGAAGAUUAAAAGUUCCUUAAAACUGAAGAAGUACGACGUUGCCUUGAGAACCGGCAUGAUGUAUCUGCAGGCUCUCCUUGGAGCAGGUCUGGCCGUUCUCUGCUUCUGCCUGGUCGUUGGGUGUGCUAUCUGCUGGCGGAAGGGAAAGCACCGGCUUGCCGCCGCUGGCAAGGAGCAGCAAUCGGAGCGGAUCGUGCUGGACCCCAGCGCCGGGCUGCUCGGACACGCCGGCACUCCCGUUAAACAGCAGUACGAGGAGAUCGAGGGCUCGGUCCUGGUCAACCCGCACUGCGCCCCCGCCAACGGGCCAGAACUCGGACACCGGGGCAAACCUGGCCCUCACGGACGGGCAUCCUUGCCCUUCAUCCCACCGGUCCAAAGGGCUGGCAAAACCAAGAGCAUCCUGGAGCGACGUUGCACGGUGUCGGGAGACAGCUGGUACCACAGGGACCCCACCGCCAUGGGUCAUUCCCAGACUGCGCCGGACGUGAAGACAAAGGCCAGGCCUCUCCUGCACUUCACGCUCUUCUACUCGCCCUACGAGAUGACUCUGACGGUGAGCGUGAUCGGCCUCCACAACCUCCCCAAGAAGUUUGGCCCCAACUGCGACUCCUACGUGCGGGUGCGGCUCCUGCCCAAGGUGGGGGACGCCCAGCAGACCGCCAUGCGCAGGAAGAGCAUGAACCCGGACUUCCGGGAGAGCUUCCAGUUCUCGGGAUACAGCCUGGAGGAGAUCAGACGCCUCAAGCUUCGCUUCGCCGCCUACGUCAAGGAGUUCCACAACCUGAAAGACACCUUCGUGGGCGAGUUGCUCUUCCCACUGGAGCAGGGCGACUGGGAGUCGGACACUCUCCCCACCUACACAAGGGAGUUGACCAGCACCAGGACUAAGCUCAAAAAGUGCCUCAGCAGCCAUGACUUGGUGAGCCCCACCAGCGGCGGCCCAGCGCACACCAAGCCCGUUGGUCAACUCUUCAUCCUCCUGCAGUACCAGACACUGGCGAACCGUAUCAAGGUCAUGGUGCGCAAGGCCGAGACCCUGGGCCGUCUGACCCGCAUCCCAGGAUCACCAGACCACUGCGUUAUUAUAAAUCUUUACAAAGAUGGCAAAGUUAUCGCCACCAAGGAAACAAAAACUUCGAGUGGCUACAAUCCUGUGUGGAACGCUCCAUUCCUCUUCGACAUCCCUUCAGGGAACAUUGAAAGUCUAGCUCUCUCUUUGGAGUUCAUUGUCAUGCAGGGCCGUAUUUACACCAGAAGCUGUGCCCUGGGUCGGGUUCUCAUCGGGGCCGAUGCCCCCGAGAUGGGGAGGAUGCACUGGAAGGAGAUGUCCAGCCGCGGCCACGUGGAAACCGCGCGGUGGCACGCCAUCCAGUCGGACGCUGUGUAGACGCCCGCGUGUACGUCAUAUCUCAUCCCCCCCGCCCUCCCCUCAGCGUCGGCCUGUACGUUGAUAAAUGUCCCAUCCUACGUCAAUUUGAAGCUUGGUGUGGUCAACCUGAUGCUACCCUUGUUGGCCUAGAUGUUACCCUUGUUGACCCAGCCCUGUCCAGUCCAGUACCAGUUGCCAAGGGACACAAGUGGACCACGUCGAGACCAUUUCAUCCCUAAACUUAUAAGAUCAUGGUCUAUCACGCCGCCAUUUUAAUAAGCAGAGGACUCUAGCGAAUGUGGUUGCGAGUACUUCCUAGAAUGAAAUAACUGGUCCUCAGUAGGGUCAUGGUAGCGUUACAACCACACGCAUGUGUUCAUGAGGGGCUUUUCCCCCAGGGUGGGUCUCACGAAGGGUCUCGCAUCUGGAGAUACCAGAACAGGUGAUCAAAGGAUUGGUCAAAGAGACAAUGUUCAAAGAGUAUUGCAAAGAAAGGGAGGGAAAAAUAAGUUGCCAAUUGAAUUCCAGAACUUGGGUUCCAUGGGCUUGAAGGGAAUGGACGCCAAUGGCAGAACGAUUGAAAUGAGGGCUGGGAUCUUGGUGGAGGAGGUCUUUUAGAGGUUGGGAAAGGUAAGGGCACAAGAUGCUUUGAGAACCAGAAUGAGAUUUGUCUUAAUGUGCUGUGGCCAUACCGAGACUCGACCUCAACCAUAGGCUCAACGCCAGGCAGCUGGCAAAGGUUUGAAUGGGGACUUGGUGUGAAUUGGGUUUUCAGCAUCAGUGGAUGGCCCCCUCCCCGAUGGAAGUCAAGAAGCAUCAGAACACCUGAGGGGUGAAUGUGAUCCCCAAUGCCACUGGUCAUGUUGUAGAUGGAGGCGGGAUGGAUUUGCAAGGUGUGGAGGGGUAUUGGCCUGGUUAGACCUCCCCCCAUGGGAGAUCCUAUCUUCACGAACAUCAGUCACAAGAUUCUCCA